AUGAGAGACAGCAUGCCGAAUUUGGGUAUAGACAAUAGUCGUCUGCAGGCUGAAGGCGAGACUGCGUUCAGGAUCAUCCCCCCUUCGAUUAGACGACUCAUUCAUUUUAGGAUCAGGACUGGAACAGCAGUGAACGCCCCAUUGCAGGAGACCCGUAAUAAUAAUGAUCAUUUGAAUAAUGGUCGUCACAUUAUUGGAUUGAACACUGGUGGGCGUACGUAUUCCCUGCUUGAAACAACGCCAAAUUCCGGUAAUCUGCCAAUUGUUCGACUUCCGGUUUCCCCCGGGAUAUUGCAGUCUCCCACUCCACCGAUGAAGACACAGUCGGUGAACCCAAAAUGGGCAAGACCAAAACGGAGGGAUCGGGUGAAUCCGGGAGUGGGAAGGAAUUGGCAUUUCCGCCCAGGACAGUCAUGUGAUGGUGUUGCAGUUUCAUCAGGAUUUUUUUGA